CAACGUCAACCCACUCACACCUCCAGCAGUACUCAAUAACGUUUUCCAUCACCAACUCACAAACAAACAUGUCUGGAAACAUUCAACCACUCAUCCUCCAUGCCCAUGGUACUGGACCAAACCCAUACAAGAUUGCCGCAGCUCUGGAAAUUCUGAAAGUGCCUUACGAAGUCAAACUAUGGCAAUUCGGUGAAGCUAAGAAUGGUGUCAAAGGCCCCGACUUCCUCAAGAUCAACGAAAAUGGCCGUGUCCCCGCUCUCGAAGAUCCGAAUACGGGAGUGACCAGCUGGGAGUCUGGUGCGGUGAUGAACUACAUUCGCCGAGUGUACGACAAGCAGAACAAGCUGGGUCCGCGCGGAACUUCUGAGCAAGACAUCGUGGAUUUUGAGAAGUGGGAGUACUUUCUCGUGUCUACCUUGGGCCCCAUGAUGGGCCAGGUGAAUUGGUUCAAGCAUUACAACGCUCAAAAGAACGAUGAUGCCUUGAAGCGGUACGAAGAGCAAGCGUAUCGUUGCUUUGGCGUGCUCGAUGGCCAGCUGAAGAAGCACGGUGGACCAUACAUUCUUCCGGGCUCGACACCUUCCGCGGUCGAUCUCCAUUUCUACGCUUGGGUGUAUCAGCACGGUUACGCAGGUCUGAGCUUAGACUCGUACCCCAGCGUGAAGAAAUGGGUGGAGCAGGUUGGAGGGUUGCCUGAGAUUAAGGCGGCAUAUGAGAAGGUUCCCAAAGGCACGGAAGUGUAAAGUGUUUCACGACUGAUAUGACGUUCCACCCAUAGGACAUUCAUUAAUGAGAAUGUGGACGUAGACGGCAGAAAUAGCACAGUGUCGCGUGUCGUGAGCUCAUCUCCUCAAACAAGCAAGCAUACCACGGGAACAGAUGAGUAGUUCUAUGUUCACUUUCAACAGGC